CCCGGUUGCCGGCUGCUGCUCCCGCCGCUCCCGCUCUCCCGCCGCUCUUCUCUGCGGCUACCGCGCGCCUCGCCCCAGGCGGUCCAGCGCGCUCCUCGGACGCCGAGAUGAAGGUGCUGGGACACAGGCUCCAACUGCUGACAGGGCUCCUGCUCCACGACGUGACCAUGGCCGGGCUGCAGGAGCUGCGAUUCCCUGAGGAGAAGCCUCUGCUCCGCGGCCAGGAUGUGACAGAGCUGGAUAACCCUGACACCUUCCUCUCAAUUGUGGACACAGACUGGAAGGAACAUGACAUUGAGACGCCUUAUGGCCUUCUGCAUGUGGUGAUCCGGGGCUCUCCGAAAGGGAACCGCCCAGCCAUCCUCACCUACCAUGACGUGGGCCUCAAUCACAAGCUGUGCUUCAACACCUUCUUCAAUUUUGAGGACAUGCAGGAGAUCACCAAACACUUUGUGGUGUGCCAUGUGGAUGCCCCCGGGCAGCAGGUGGGGGCGUCACAGUUCCCUCAGGGGUACCAGUUCCCUUCCAUGGAGCAGCUGGCUGCCAUGCUCCCGAGUGUGGUUCAGCACUUUGGGUUCAAAUAUGUGAUUGGCAUUGGCGUGGGAGCCGGAGCCUAUGUUCUGGCCAAGUUUGCGCUCAUUUUCCCUGACUUGGUGGAGGGGCUGGUGUUGAUGAACAUUGACCCCAACGGCAAAGGCUGGAUUGACUGGGCCGCCACCAAGCUCUCUGGCUUGACCAGCACUUUACCAGAUACGGUACUCUCCCAUCUCUUCAGCCAGGAGGAGCUGGUGAACAACACAGAGCUGGUGCAGAGCUACCGGCAGCAGAUCUCAAACGUGGUGAACCAGGCCAACCUGCAGCUCUUCUGGAACAUGUACAACAGCCGCAGAGACCUUGACAUUAACCGGCCUGGGACUGUGCCCAAUGCCAAGACUCUCCGUUGCCCCGUGAUGCUGGUAGUCGGAGAUAACGCACCUGCUGAGGAUGGGGUGGUUGAUUGCAACUCCAAACUGGACCCAACCACCACAACCUUCCUGAAGAUGGCAGAUUCUGGUGGCCUUCCUCAGGUGACACAGCCAGGAAAGCUGACGGAGGCCUUCAAAUACUUCCUGCAAGGCAUGGGCUACAUUGCACACUUGAAGGACCGAAGGCUGAGUGGAGGAGCAGUGCCGUCAGCCAGCAUGACUCGCCUUGCGCGCUCACGCACGGCAUCCCUCACCAGCGCCAGUUCUGUGGAUGGCAGCCGCCCACAGCCCUGCACCCACUCAGAGAGCAGUGAGGGCAUGGGCCAGGUCAACCAUACCAUGGAGGUAUCCUGCUGAAGCCCUUGUCCUGCCCAAGACGCCUGCUUACCUGCCCCCAGGUCCACUGCCAUCUCUGCCCCGGCUCAUCUUCCAUUUAGUUUAUUUUUGUGAGAGCGAAGGGGAGGAAAUGGGUUACUUCUCUUUUAUUUAAAGGACAAGGGGAUCCACCUUAGACAGUACAGCAGAACAGUCUUAGAUGGAAUGAGGGGCUCGCCUUAUCUAUUCCCAUUUCAUUCAACAUGGUCAUCAGCUCGACAUGGCCUUGGGGUGGGGCCAGGAAAUAGGAUACAGUAGGUGUGGUGUCUGAAGAUGGGGGGUGCUGAGCCUAGGCUCUGGUGUGAGUGGGAGUCAGACAAUGGGGAGCCCUGAACCUCCGAGAGUCCCUUUCCUAUAACCCUUGCACCAAACACACCUAUCCUGAUAGUACAGGUGACAAUCCUGAGGCUAGAAGCCGCAAGAGGGCACUCUAAGCAGACGACUACUCUCCUGGUGCUCUCUGGGCAGGUCAGGUGCUGUAAGGCUAGCCAGACAAAACUAUGGAGACAGAAUAGAAAGAACCCCCAUACUCUGCCACCCCAGGGCCAGGUCUCACCCUGAGGCAAAGGUCACCUUGUCUCCUGCCCCUUGUGGCAGAGGGAAAAGGUCAAGAUUGCAUUGUGUAGUUUGUAACCCUGCAAACUUCACGGUGAUCCCUUUGGGAGUUGGAAAGUACUAGAGUCCCUCUUAUCCAAGAUUCCACCAAGAGUGUUUGUGGCAGUGCCCUGGUCAAUUUGGGCCAGUGUGUCACAGACAUCACUGGAGAAAUGAUGGAAAGUGAUGGUCCAAGACAGAAAGAUACCAUGACCUCUGCCUGCUGGAGGGGCUGGAGCUUGCUCGGUCCCGGGGUGGGAAAUGGGUGGGUCCUUGAGGUGAAUAAAGGCAAAGAGGCCAAAGGUUCUUGAUGCACCCUAGCCUCCUAGAGACCCCAACUAUGCUGUCUUCCUGUUCAUUAUCUUACCGAGUAGACUCGAAGCCCAGAAACCAGAGCUGUUGUUUCAGCCUGGUCACUGGUUUCAUCCACUGUCACCAAAAUGGGGGAGAGAAAGCACCAAAACAAAAGAAGAAAAAAAGAGCUGUGUGUGUGUAUGGGGGAGGUAUUGUAUAGGUGUUCUGAACUAAGAACAUCUACAUCGAUGUCUCUGUGGCACAUGCCACUCCCUUCUGUAACUGUAAGCCAUUUCUAGACUGCUCUCAAGUCCAGUGGAGUGUAUUCUAUCCCCAGUUCUGUUCACUCACGUGCUUCCGUGAAUACUGAAUGUGACUGUUUAAAGCUGGUAGAAUUAAUCCUUACUGUAGAUAGCACUUCCAGUAUUGGACAUCUUUUUGCUGUGUUCUUAAGAUAUCUAUAAAUACCUAUACAUUAUAUAUAUAUAUAUGUAUGUAUGUAUGUAUAUCAGGUCCUCCUGUGUGUGUUUUCCUGAUUGGUGGUUGUUUCCUUUUUGGUCAAGGUGAACUUUUAAUGGAGUUCAUUACUUUUCUUUCUGUACAAAGAGCCUAAUUUUGUGUAUUCUGGUGGCUGAUAAAAGAUUUUGAGAUGACAAAAUGUAAAACAAAAGAAAAGCCCUUGUUGAUACAGAAAGUUAACUGUGCAGAAAAACUAAUAAAGAAAUGAAGAAUA